GUUGUUGUUUCGGGCACCCUCCACACAAUUUACCUCUACUGUCCCUACAUGUGGACUAUUUACUCAGCGGAGUGUUGCUCUGUUGUUUUAUUUUCCGGACACGAGGCAGCAGAGGAGCUCAAUUCCAUUUCAAUACGCUUCCGUUGACCCGCGAGGAAUGAACGCGCCCCAAAACGAUAUCGACCUGAGUGUGGCCAGCUCACUUCGAGAGUGCAUCAGACGCCAUCUCCACCCUAGAGGGAGGGGGGCUACCUUGGCCACGGGCCAAUCCAAAGGAUUACCAUAUCCCUGCGUCAGAGUGAGCUUGUCUUAGUUGAUAUUGAGGAAGACAAAAAAAAAUAUAAUAAUAACCAGAGCUGAACAGUUUUGUAGUGAGGGAGAAGGAAAUCAAAUAUUUGACAGGAUUUAAGAUUUGUGUUGGAUUUUACUUUCGGAAAAAUUUAUUGACAUAAAUAAAUACAAGAGUGUUUGCAUCACAGAAAAAGAAGCUUUAGGGCUUGCCCCUCAUCAAAAUGCCGGCCUUAGGGAUCAUGGAGUCUCUGGUCAGACUCCACCGGGCCGCUGGAGAGAGUGAGGAGACCACAGCCGCAUAUACCGAGACUUCCACAACAUCUGCAGGUCCAAGCUCCAAAUUGAAUGACUUGAAAGACUCCAUUAUGAACGAGAUCAACAAACUACCAAUAUGGGCCAUCAUACUGAUUAUUGCUGGAGCUUUGUUGAUCCUUGUGUGUGGAGUCUAUUGUGUAUGCCGACGAUGCUGUAGGAAGAGGAAGAAGAAAGAAGGUAAAAAGGGACUGAAAGGUGCUGUGGACUUGAAGAGUGUUCAGCUCCUAGGAAAUGCAUACAAAGAAAAGGUACAACCUGACCUCGAUGAACUUCCUGUGAACAUGGAAGACAAUGAGGAUGCUGAGAGCACAAAGUCAGAGGUCAAGCUGGGAAAGCUACAGUUUUCAUUAGAUUAUGAUUUCCAGAAAGGAGAGUUGAGUGUCAAUGUAAUACAAGCCGCUGAUCUUCCUGGCAUGGACAUGUCUGGAACAAGUGACCCCUAUGUGAAGGUUUAUUUGUUACCAGAUAAAAAGAAAAAAUAUGAAACCAAAGUCCACAGAAAGACACUUAAUCCAGUGUUUAAUGAAAGUUUUACCUUUAAGGUUCCAUAUGCUGAAGUUGGGUCUAAGAUUUUGACCUUUGCUGUCUAUGACUUUGACCGUUUCUCUAAACAUGACCAGAUUGGCCAGGUCCAGGUUCCAUUGAAUUCUAUUGACUUGGGAAGGGUUGUUGAGGAAUGGCGUGAUCUACAGUCUCCUGAUACUGAAUCUGAAAAGGAAAACAAACUUGGAGAUAUUUGUUUUUCACUUCGCUAUGUUCCCACUGCUGGGAAACUGACUGUUGUUAUUCUUGAGGCCAAGAACUUGAAAAAGAUGGAUGUUGGCGGCCUCUCAGACCCUUAUGUGAAAAUCUCCUUGAUGCUCAAUGGAAAGCGGGUGAAAAAGAAGAAGACCACCAUCAAGAAAUGCACCCUCAAUCCUUACUAUAAUGAAUCUUUUACAUUUGAAGUUCCAUUCGAACAAAUUCAGAAAGUAACACUCAUCAUUACGGUGGUUGAUUAUGAUCGCAUCGGAACAUCAGAGCCAAUUGGCAGAUGUGUCCUUGGAUGCAACUCAUCAGGUACUGAACUACGCCACUGGAGUGACAUGUUGGCCAAUCCUAGACGACCCAUUGCCCAGUGGCACACACUCCAAGAGGUUCCAGAGAAGAGUUAAACACUUGGGGAGACAUGUUGAUUCUGUUGCCAGUCAGAGAGAGUUAAACAUAUUCAAAGAAUUAGACAUUUAAUUCACAGUUAAUUUUUUUGUUUUGUCAACAUUUUUUUUUGUUUUGUGCUAAAUUUACACAUCAGUGGUUUUGUGUAAAAUAUUAAGAAUAAGUUGUUGUUUUUUUUUAAAUUAAUAGAAAACAAACAAACUAUAAUUUCAAAACGUUUAUACUGUAAACAUUUAGUCGACUCUUGAAACCAUUUUUUUUUAAAUAGCUUGUACUAACAGUAUGUAAUGAAAAUAUUACAAAUAAUAAAACAUAUGGUGGAGCUUCUUAUAAUAAAACUUUUUAUUUCUUGGACUCUGCACCUUUCAUUUAUCAAUGAUCUCUUUAAAACUCACCAGUCUUAUUCUCCUAUUUUAAUUUCAACAUUCAAAAUGUAAACCAUAAAUUUGUGUUUUUGUCCAUUGUUUUUUAAUCUGCAAUCCACUCUGAAAGUGAUCUGACUGGUGGAGUAGAUGGACAGAGGCAGGAGCUUUUUUUUUUUAUCUUAAAAUAUUUGUUUUUCUAAAUCUUUUCAAUCUAAGGAGGUUAACCAACGACACGAGACCUGUGAGGGACAAUCACAUUAACUAGUGAUUAACUAUUAUAUUAGUCUCCAUUGCUUCCGAAUUAUGGAUUCUGAAAUAUUUUAAUUUUACUAGAAAAAAAACAACAAAGUUUGUUCACUCAGUUUUGUACAACUUUUGUAUCAUUUCCUUAUCGAGGUGUCAACUUGUUAAUGUACAUACAUGCAUUUAUGUAUUCAUUGUUUAUGGAUUAAAUGUGUUGUUUUUUUUUGUGAAACUAACAACAUUCAAUUAGAGAAACAAAUAUCAACUUGGUUGUAAGUUUCUACUAAGUACUUCUAACUACAGCCUACUGGCAUUUUGUAUUCUUUAAAACCUAAAGGUCUCUGUUACUUUUGUUUUAUAAAAUAUUUACUUAGGAAAAAAGAUGAAGAACAAAAAAAAAUGUGCAACAUAAUUUAUUUCAUAACAUGUCUCAGAUUUGACAGAAUGAUACCAAAAAAAAAUCAUUCAGACUAGAAAAGCUGCCUGCUGCUUCUUGUGUAUUAAGAUUAUCAUCAUUUGUAAAUAGUCAUGUAUCAAUGUACUAACUAGCUCUACAUUAGUACUGGUUAUGUUCCGUGAUAUCUGGACUUUGUGAUCAUAGUGAUGGUAUUUGGUCCUCUCUUCACAGUUUUGUUGGGUUGUUUUUUUACCCCAUAAAUAUUUCAUUUUGUUCUUUAUUAAAGGUUUUGCCUAUAAUUAAAUAUUUCAAGUUUUGAGCUAAAAACAAAAGGGAAAAGUAGAUGUCUGAAUUUCAGUUAUAGAAUUAUUAUUUUUAACGCUUUUAAAAUAUUUGGUUUUAAAAAUUUGGUCACUCUUUAAAUAAAUUGCUUAACAUUAAUUACUUGAACGAAAUUCCACAUUUAAUAUUUAUAAAACAUUUUGUUGGACAUUUUAAACCAAUCUACUUAAUAUUUUAUUUACUGGUAUUGUUUGUUUUAUCUUUUUUUAAACCAAUGUUCUCUUUUAAGUUUUUAACCAGUGUUUCCCAAAUAUUUUUGUGCCUGCGACUAGGCAACAGCUAUUACUGCUACCCUAAUCAUAUCUCAAUCCAUUACAUUUUUUAAUUGAUACUUUGACAAUAAAUUGACAGGAAAUUCACAUAGUUUGUCAUUAAGAAGAGAAGGAACACUCUUGCAUAGAUGGCUAGUUGCUAUUUAAUUUUCUGCCAGUGCUGUGAUGUAUUCAUGCUUAAGAGUGCCAGUACUUACUUUUUACCCAUCUCUUACAAUUAGAAAGUAAUGAAAAAAUAGUGUGAAAUUCUGUAUCAAUAAAUAAAAUAGCUUCUGUUCUUGCUCAAGAUUUACUUUGUACAAUCAAAAAAAGUAUCUUAACAAAACAAAGUAAACUAAUGUUAAAACAAAAGAAGAGACAAAAUGAAUCAUUUUUUCCUAGUUGCUUAGUAGUGUAAAACAUUUGGCUACCUAUGAAGGGGGCCCGACUUCUAAUCCAAACACGAGCUGAUUUUUGUUUCCUGAGUGCCUAAAGAUAGCAUGGAUACCUUCUCACAAAUACCCCCUUCCUCCACAAAAGAGAUGGAACUGUGACACACUGAGAAUGUUGUAACAUGAAGAUGUGUGAUACAAAGGAAACUAACAAGAACAUGAUUUCAAAAAGAAAUGGCUGAAAAUUAAGGUUUUUUUUUUGUGACUCAUCAGCUGUUUCUCUGAACAAUGGUAGGUCGCUGUUCAACAUUUGGGAAACACUGUAGUCAAUGUUUAGUCCACUCUGUGAUUCUUGUUUCAUGCUCUCCUAAAGUUUACUUCUGAGUUUCGUUGAGUCUUUUAUUGAACAAUUGUAAACAUUGUCAUCUGGAUAACAACAAUAAUGGUCCCUCUUUUCUGUUUCUUAGCUCUUUCUGUAACCAUUUCAUUUGACUGAGGCUGGCUUGAAGCAUGUCACUUUGAGUGUGAUCAAUUCUAGUGUGAUAGCCUGAGAUUGAAUUCUUACAUUAAGAGUAAUGCUUAGAAUUAAUCCUUCAAGAACAAGCAUCUUUUGCUUAUAAAGCUUUUUCUGAUACUAAAAUAUUUGUUCAGAUUUAACCAUGAUCAAAGCAUUAGAACACAACUGAUUCAAAAUUCCUUUUUUUUUUUUUUCAAUAAAAAAAUUGUUCUUAGUGAAAUAGUAUUGAUGUAUUUGUUUUACUUAGUAAAUUUAUAACAAACUAAUUUAUUUUAUUUUUGGCCUUGAAAACAAUGGUUAAAAUUGAGAAAAAAAGAACUUUGAUUCAGAAACAAAACUUUGACAAACCAUAACCAUUUGUAGCCACUGGUAUUUUAGAUAGUGUAUUAUAAUUGAUGUCUUAGAGUUUUCAAAAUUCUUUUUUGUGAUAUUAGUUGUAGUGUUUAGUAAAGACAUUUUGUGGAACAAUACAGCAGGGUCUUAGGUCAUGGUUCACCAUGUGAAGGUUAAAGGUCACAUUAAUUCCAGCAGACGACACUUGUGUUAUCAGUGUGUGCCACAUUGGUUAGUUCAUGUAUAUUCAUUUGUCGCUGUUGGAAAAUAAAUUAUAAAAAUGUA